CAUGGACUGAGUGUUGCACAGAGGCAAAAGGGAGGAGAAUAUUGUUGAAGGCGCGCAUGAGAGACAGGAACUGAUUGAUCUGGCUUUUGUGGGAUAUACCAGACACCAGUUAGAAGCUGAUACACCACUCACUUAACCUUUAUUUUUCACCAACUAUUGAAUUUAAUCCAUCUAACUUUUUGGUUUGUUUUGAGCACCUGCCCCGAGGGUACAUCCGUCUCCUCUUUGCCGGUUCGGGAGUGGGACUCCCCCAGCUGCGCAGGAGAGCUCCCCUGCGAAACGCGUCAUGGGCUACGGGAGAAUCACUGCCGCUUUUUGCAUGUACACCUGAGGGUUUUUGGGGAUUUACAACACGGGUUUUUUUAAUUUUAAAAAAGGACAUUUUGAUUGACUCGCUUUGAGAAGAAACUUUUGUAAUUCACUCGGAACUAUAAGCCUCUGCCGAGGACUCGUAUUAAUUUAUUACACACGGUUUGGAUUUCGGUGAAGAGUUGCAGGAUGGUCUCAUCCGACUGCUUCAGAUUGCUCCUCGUCAUCUUGUGUGGCUCAUCGCUCACAAAUGGACGUUUGGAGAUAGAGCAUGCGCUGAAGACUCAGCCUUCUGCCGAUCCCCUCAUUCUUUCUAAGGACCAGUUGUUAAACCUCAUAUGCAAAGGUCAUGGCCUGCUGCACUGGACACUUGCUGAUCCCAGUCGAUUGACCUCAUCAGAGGGGGUGAAGGUGGAGCAGUGUGAUUCCAAACAUCACUCACACUGCAGCAAAUUGACAAUCACGAACUUGAUUGCCAAUGACACAGGACGGUACAGCUGUAAAUACUCCAAAAACGGUUCAGAUCACAUCAUCUCUACCUACGUGUAUGUUAAAGAUCCCAAGCAACCAUUUGUGGUGCCCCAUUAUCAGUCACCUGAAAUCUUGUUCAUCUACAGCCAUGAGACCAGACUUGUGGUCCCCUGCCGGACUUCCUCUCCAGAUGCUGUUGUAAAACUCACAGGGCUCCGACCAUUACCAGGGAAGGUUAAAAAGGAAAUGGUAUGGGAUCCAAUGGUCGGAUUCAAGAUUCCCUAUGAUCCCGCCACUGAGUUCACUAUGCUCACCUGUACCACCAAGGUCAACGGUCGUGAGUUCCACUCAACAUACAUCCCUAGAAGACUGACUAUUGUUCUUAAUAAUGUGAAGAUCACCCCAGAUCGUGUCAAAGUGUUGGUUGGAGACACCUUAAUGCUCAACUGCACUGGUGAGACUACCUAUAAUGGAAGAAUCAACUUCACAUGGGAUAUUCCAAAAAAGAGAGAAAAUAAUCUUUAUACGAACAAGACAGAAGUCCGCCCUGCUAAGGUUUUUGUGAUGAGCAAAGCUUUAAUCUUGCCAAACAUUACCAUGGAGGAUAAGGGAGUUUACCGCUGCAAAGCUGAGCUUGAACCCACGAUAUACAAGAAUGUCUCAGCAAAAGUCCUUGUCUAUGAGCAUCCGUUCCUCAAUGUCUCUUAUAAGCAUGAGCGACCUAGUACGGUGACUGCCAAAGAAGGUAGAAAAAAGCUUGUAUUUGAGCCCAAGGUAAAUGCUCUGCCACCACCAGACAUGAUAGUAUGGUACAAGGAUGGGGUCCCUAUCAUCAAGAAUUCCACCUGUUACAAGAUGUCUGGUUUUAACUUGAUCAUCACUGACUUGCAGCAGAAGCAUGCUGGGGUCUUCACCAUAAGCCUGGGCAACCAAGUGAAGGGCUUGUCGAGGAAUCUGAGCUACACGCUGGUAGUCGAUGUAAAGCCAACCAUUUCAGAGGCAGAGCUUGCCUCUGUGGACGUGCAGCCCUACAUGUUUGGCAAACAGCACCAGCUAACCUGCACUGCUUACGGGGUGCCCUUGCCAAACAUCACUUGGCUCUGGCAACCAUGUCACUCAGACCCUGCGCUUAUUGAUUGCAUUGCAAAUACUGAGCCAAUACCGGUCAACAUUGAUGACAGGAGAAACUACUCUCACAACUGGAUUAAGAGCAUAAGUGUCAAACCUGAACUGGUUAAAGGAAAAAACAAGACUGUGAGCACCCUGGUGAUAGGAGAAGCUAGCGUGUCAGGAAUGUACUCCUGUGUGGCCCAGAAUGAGGAUGGCACCAGCAAGAUGACAAUCCCUUUUUACGUUGGUGAUCACCCUGAAGAAAUCACCACCAAGCCUCGGACAGCCAUUGAGGGGGAUGACGUCAUUCUCACCUGUCGAGCAACUCGCUACCUAUACACAUAUCUACAGUGGUUGGAUUCCAGAAAUCAAACGAUCACUUCCAAUGUUUCCAGUCUGCAGCUUAGCCGCAACUCCAUUUCCAUUUCUCUCCAUCUGCAUAAUGUGUCCCAAAACAGCAAUAAAGGUUACAAGUGCCAAGCAUACAAGCUCUACAAGAGGGUUGAACUCAAGACAGCUGAACUUAUUGUGGAUGUGAGAAAACGCCCCUGGCUGAGUCAAAAUCUGACUAAUCAAGAUGUGAACAGUAGCAGCACCCUGAUGCUGGCUUGUUUAGCUCUGGGAGUUCCUCGUCCAUACAUCAUGUGGAACAAAAAUGACGUUCCGGUGGAAGAAGGCCCAGGUAUCACUGUGGGAAAGGAUGGGGUUCUGACCAUCGAGAGGGUGAAGAAAGAUGAUGAAGGUCUCUAUGAGUGUGUAGCCGUCAAUGUUGAGGGAAUCGCAAAAACAAGUGCUGUUGUUACUGUGCUCGGGGAUGAAGGGAAGCCAAACGUUGAGGUAAUCAUUUUGGUUUGUACAGGAGCUGCAGCCACAUUCCUCUGGCUCAUGCUUAUCCUCUUCAUCCGCAAGCUAAGGAAGCAACCGCCACAGUAUAAGAUGGGUCCGUCUAUCAUCAUUGACCCCGACGAGUGUCCCCUCGAGGAGCAGAAUGAUCUUCUUCAGUAUGACAGCAGCAAAUGGGAGUUCCCCCGAGACCGCCUGCGACUAGGCAAAACUCUUGGCCACGGAGCGUUUGGAAAAGUGGUUGAGGCUUCUGCCUUUGGGAUUGACAAGCUCUCAACCUGCAAAACUGUUGCUGUCAAAAUGUUGAAAGGAGGCGCUACAUCAAAUGAGCGGAAAGCUCUUAUGUCAGAGUUAAAGAUCCUGAUCCACAUUGGCCAUCACCUGAAUGUGGUCAACCUGCUGGGAGCCUGCACGAAGCCUGGAGGCCCAUUGAUGAUGAUAGUGGAGUUCUGCAAAUAUGGGAACUUGUCCAACUACCUGAGAGGAAAGAGAGACGACUUUCGCGUCUACAAGAGCCAGGACGGUAAGGUUGUGUCGUCAGAAUCAGGCUGCGAGCUGAGCGAGCUGAUGAAGCGCCGCCUGGAGAGUGUGGCCAGCACCGGAAGCUCGGCUAGCUCUGGCUUCAUCGAAGAUAAGAGCUACUGCGACUCAGAGGAAGAGGAAGAAGAAGCUGAGGAUUUAUAUAAGAGAGUCCUGACGUUGGAAGAUUUAAUAUGCUACAGUUUCCAAGUUGCAAAAGGCAUGGAGUUCUUGGCUUCACGCAAGUGCAUACAUCGUGAUUUGGCUGCACGAAAUAUCCUGCUUUCUGAGAAUAAUGUUGUGAAGAUUUGUGAUUUUGGACUUGCCAGAGACAUCUACAAAGACCCUGAUUAUGUGCGCAAAGGAGAUGCCAGACUGCCGCUGAAGUGGAUGGCACCUGAGGCCAUCUUUGACAAGAUCUACACGACUCAGAGUGACGUUUGGUCCUUUGGUGUUCUUAUGUGGGAGAUCUUCUCUCUGGGUGCCUCCCCAUACCCUGGAGUCCAAAUUGAUGAAGAAUUUUGCUGCAGACUGAAAGAGGGGACCAGGAUGAGAGCGCCAGAAUACUCUUCCUCUGAAAUAUAUCAGACCAUGUUGGACUGCUGGCAGGGGGAGCCACAGGAGCGACCAACCUUCACUGAGCUGGUGGAACAGCUUGGAGAUCUACUUCAGGCCAGCGUGCAACAGGAGGGAAAGCACUACAUACCAAUCAACACAGCGCUGCUGGCAAAGGUGGGAGACCCGUCAGCCACAGUGCCGUCAGAGGAGAUGCCCACACGACCUAUCUCCCACCGCGACUCAGGGAGCACCUGGAACAUCAAGAUCCGUCCUGCUAGUGUGAAAACCUUUGACGAGGUUACCAUGGGGGACGGGACUAAUAAGACCCACGAGGGCGGUCAGUCAGACAGCGGGAUGGGCCUGUCUUCUGACAACAUGGAGACUCUGAAGCGCCUAGAAUCAUUGGCAAGCCGACCCCUGAGCAUCAUGGCCCUGGCGAUGAAGGCAGUCAGUAAGAGCAAAGAGUCUGUGCUGAGUGACACAGAGAAGGAGAAGUACCCACCCACAGUCCCCUCUCUGGACUUCAGUCUUGAUGACUCGGCCCUGGAUGCAGAUUUGGAGUGUCACAGCCCACCGCCUGACUACAACUAUGUGGUGCGCUACUCCACCCCGCCUGUGUAACCUCCUGCUCCAGCCCUGGGGAGAAUCUGAGUGACAGCCUUAAGGCCAUUGCUUUGUUCUCCUCUGUUUUGACUCUUAUCUCUGGACCGUAGUAAAGUUUGAGUGAAAAACACAUGAGAUUCCCUCUUAAAGUGUUUAGAAAUGAAUCAAGAAUUUACUUUACUGUAACCUUCAACUUUCAGGGCAUCUGCUGAGCAACAAAAGGGAACCUGUAGACUCUUGAUUCCUUUCCAGUUUUCAGACGCAGGCUGAAAUGUUAAUGCUGCUGGUCCGUUCCACAUUCACUGUGAUAUGUCAAACAGCUUGAAACAGCCUCAGGUAUUUCUUUCAUCUACUGUGAAAACGAACCACAAUCAUUCCCACUUUACCACAGAGCUGAUUGAACUACAACCUUUGAUGAUGAAGAAUAACCUCCAGAGAAAAAAAAGAGAGGAAAGCUGAGAAUUUUCACAUUGAUAUUGAUUUACUUUUUAUUAUCUGUUUUCAUUUUAUUAAAAAAGUGAAAACUGGAUUUGUAGUUUAAUAAAACAAUAAAGAAAAUAUGUUUUUGUAAUGUGGCUACAUCUGCUCACAUGAAGCUUGGCUGAAGUUCUGAUUUGUUCAGAGCAAAAAGCCAAUGAAAAGAACUGAACAACAUUGAUUGUACGUAUACUUAUUUGUGUCACUGCUCCUUAAAUUCCAUAAAAAUAACCUGAUCUAACUCAGGUUGACCCAGAGUUACUGUCGUGUUGUGCUGGAUGUGUUUUAAGCUCUCUCGGUUUACUGAAAUUCACAGGCUAAUGAGGAAACAGGGUAGAGCCUUGAGUGAGACCAGGUGGCUUUGGAUUUAACAUCACAGCUCGACCAUUGAAGCAUUUAAAUGAAGAGUUACUGCAGAUCUUCUUUUCCUAAUCUGGUGUUAAGGAACUCAAACAGUGUUGUUGGUUUUUGUCAAACUAAAAAGAAAAUGAGAAGAAAAUCUGUUUCAUGUGUACAAUAAUGAGAUUAGACUUUAUAGGAACAGUUAAUUCAAAAAGCACUAAUAAAAUGUAUUUAUUUAGAUUGUGAAUACUGUCACUUAGUAAUGUUUUAGAAUUAUAAUUCAAAGUUAACCAAAGGAUUCCUACCAGCACGUAAUAUCCCAAAACUUCACUCUAGAUGUACAGUAUAUACUGUUUGUGCUGCUGUAUUCACUUAUAGUAAAGCUAAAGGAAACAUGUAUGUGGAUUUAUUAUGUCCUUCGUCUUGUGCUACGUAUUAGUAAAGCUUGCAGGGCAGGCUACAAAAACACUACAUGUGUGAGCACCAGUCUGCUCUGGAUCAUGUUGUAUUUUUUUUUAAUCAUGUAAGAUUUGUUUGUAAUACCAUAUGUAUUGAAAGUAUUGUGGACCAAACGUACAUAGCAUACCAACACCCUGUAUAAAUGUGGCUAACUUGUCCCUGUUGACCAGUAAAGAACACAGUAUUUCUCAGUGAUUCAGCUGGAGUAAAAAGGAUAUUUUCAGCCCCUGUGUAUUUCCAAAUGACGUUUUUUGUUUGUGACCAAUUUGUUUUGUUUAUGUGGAGAGGACGUGAUUAUGCACUGAUACUUUAUAUCAAGUACAAUUUCAGUAUUGGAAAAAUAUAUUAUUAUGAAACAGUGUUGAGGGUCAAAGAUGUCUGAUUUAUUUUGCAUUUUUAUUUAACUAUUCAUAGUAGGAAAUUAACAUUUGUAGUAUUUGUAAUAGUAUUUCUUUCCAGUCUAACAUCAUCCUUUUUCAUGUAAGUAUUUUCACUUAUACUUCUGUCUUCAGUUUCAUUUUAGUUACUGCUAUCACAAUAACAUUGAAUAGAUUUUAUUGCAUUUCUUUAAACAUAACCAUGAGUAAUAGACCUAUCUUCUUUUUUGUUUUUGUUCAUGUAGUGCAACCAGUUAGUUUUGAUGAAAGUUAUGUUCCACACACUGUUAACUGAGUAUAUGAAGUAAAUAAAUGAAUAAAGAUCUAUAUAUUUAUACAUUA